ACAUGGCCUGUAAUGGAAUAAGUGCAAGUUAAAUGUAAAUGAUGCCAAUUAUGCACGAAUGCAAUAAAAGUUGUUGUUUUGUAAAUCAGUAAAUAAAGUUAAAGCCUUUAAUGUGUGUCUCCGCAAGAAAUCAACAAUUAUAUACAAAUUGCAUUUAAACGUAUUUAAAGGAUCAAAUUAAUAUCGUGUUGUAAAGAAAUUAAUUGCAGUUCAAGAAGCCAACCAAAGAUAUAAAGGAAAAACCAAAUGGAUUAGGGUUUUUAAAACACAAAUGUUUGACUUACAAGAAGCACAAAAACAAAAUCACAUUAAUACUACAAAAGUUCCUGCCAGUAAGAAUAAUAAUUAAGUCAAGCACAAAGUAACUGAGGUGCUCAGUGAUUAAAAAAACUAGACACCAAAUUUUAAAUUCAUCAAUAAAUAUUAAAGAGAUAUUAAAUUAAGCCAGUCUUAUUUACACACGACGCAGCCGCAAAAAAAGCUUACUAAUUUGAAGUUGGCCAUCAGCAAGCUGCACAGUUGGUUAUUAGCGAUGGGCAAUUUAUGACAUGGUGAUGAGUUUCCGAAGAGAAAUGGGGCGACGUCAGCCUUCCAUCCUCGAGAUGGCCUUGCCCCACAGCCUGGUACUGCUGCACCUAAUUUGCUCAGUUUCCACUCUCAGCCUGCCCAACAUGACGGCAACGGAUGUGGCGGCUGCCGUCGGAGGGAUUUCGCCGAUCCUUGUUGCAGGAAAUCCCAGCAGUCUAGGGAACAGCAACGUAAGCCUGAGCGGAGGCGGCGGAUUGGCCGGCGGCAAUCCCGGCGGACAAUCAGCACCGGACUUGGGGGGCGGUAGCUCGGCGGGCGGUUCGCCAGCGGGCGGGAGUAGCGGUGCCGGCGGCGGUGGCAGCAACAGCGGCAUUAGUGGCAGCGGGAACAACUCCGCGAUGAUCCAGGGACAAAAGAACAGCCAGUACGAGAAGUGUGCCGGUCCGGGUGAUCCUGGUCCCUGCAAGCAGUACAUUUACAAGUGGCGCUACGAACCGACCACCAACGAGUGCACCAACUUCAUUUGGGGCGGCUGUGAAGGAAAUCCCGCUAAUCGUUUCGGCACCGAAGCUGAGUGCCUUUUCCACUGCAUCGGCGGACCACAUACCCUGCCACCUUUCCUGCAGUCCACGACCCGUGAGCCGAGCACCACGGAAAGCUCCAUGCUGCUCGGUUUGCCGUACACCCAGAGUCCGGCCCAGUCGCCGGACGGAAUGGGCGGGGCGGAGGGCGGGGACGGAACCACGCCCGUGCCCAUCGAGCAGCGCGGCCCCGAGUUGACUUUCGCGGAGACGGGCCAAGGCAAAACUUUCGUUUUCGCCAAGAACAACACGUUCAUCCAAAUGGACGGCGACAUCAUACAGACAUUUCAAUUAAGACUUUGCCGUGAGAUUUCGUUUCAAUUCCGCACCCGACUGCCGCACGGCCUGCUCGUCUAUCACAACGUUAAGAAUCCGGAUCGCAUUAUUUUGGACCCCUAUGCACUCUACGUGAUUGUGGAGAAGGGCCAGCUGAAGGUGGUCCACGUCUUUGGCAAGCAUUCAACGAGUGUCACUGUGGGCGAGAGCCUGAAUCGAGAUGAAUGGCACAGUGUGAUGGUGCGCAUCGAUGUCCAUGGCGCAAGAUUAAUUGCACGCGUCGACAAUAGUCAGGAGGAGGUCUAUCUGAAGGGACUGAAUCACGAGUACAACUACGGCGUCUCCACGAAUCUGCCAUCGGUGGUCCUGGUCGGAGGCCUUUCCUCCGAGGAGAAGCUGCACGGCGUGAAAUACAUUACGGAGUCCUUUGUGGGCUGCAUCCGCAAUGUGGUGCUCAGCUCCGGCAAGGCCGCCUCCGACCUCCUGCCCAUCGCCCCCCUGGUGGCCACCAAGCACGAGAACGUCAACGAAGGCUGCUCCGACAUGUGCGAGUCCCGGCACAACCUCUGCUUCGUGGGAUCGCGCUGCAUCAACCACUACGGCGGCAUAUCCUGCGACUGCUUUGGCACCCACUACGAGGGCGAGCACUGCGACAUAUACACGGCCACUAUAAUUACUCUGCGGGGAGCCAGCUAUGUGUCCUACAGGAUUUACGACUGGAAGGAUCGAGUGCAUUCCUCCACCAGAAGGAUAAGUCUGAUGUUCCGCACGAACUUUGACGAUUCGGCUUUGUUCUACGCCAGCGGAGAGUCUCUGAAGCAUCAGUAUAUAGCGGCUGCCAUUAAAAACCAAUCGAUUCAUGUGGAAAUGGACUUUGGGGAUAACGUAAUGAGUACCGUGCUCACCGACGACCUGACCCGAGGAUAUUGGCACAAUUUGACGAUACUGCACGAACAGCGAACGGUUAGCAUUAUCCUGGAUCAGCAGCAGAAGGUGCUGGAGCUGCCGGCCACGGCCAGUGGGAAUCUGCUCUUCGAUCCGGAGAUCUACUUCGGAGGCGGUCCGGAGCUGCACAAGAAGAAGGGCCUGGCCUCCCACAACAAUUUCGUGGGCAGCCUGAAGUACGUCUUCUACAACGACAUAUCCAUCCUGUACGAACUGCAGCGGGGGAAUCCCAAGGUGCACUAUCACGGCGUACUGGAGGCGGAGUUCGUCGAGAACGAAGUGAAUGUGAUACCUAUCACCUAUCCCUUUGCGACAUCACACAUUUGGUGGCCCAUAAAUCACGCCGAAGAAUUUAAUAUUAAAUUCGAUUUCCGCAGCAGUCGGCCGGGUGCCGUGCUGGCCUACAGUGACGUAACGACCAGUGCCGGAAAUGGUUUCUGGGAGAUACGUCUGACGUCGGACAAACUAAGUUUCGAUCUGGUCCCCGAUGUCAACAACAAUGUAACGCACUCGACCACCAUUAAAAUCAAUAGGGCCACCUCGUGGCACAGCGUGGAGUUGGAUUACAAGCUGGGCGAGAUUCGGUUCACGGUGGAUUAUCGACACACUCUCAGCCAAAUGUACGGAUUGACCUUUAACAUCGGCGAUAAGCUGAUCAUCGGCAGCAGCCUGAAGUCGGCGGCCAUGGGCUUAGUGGGCUGUAUCCGGGAUAUAGAGAUCAACAAUCAUCUGAUUGAGCCCCGCCAUGUGGUCAAAACGGAACGAGUUGUGGGAGAGGUUGCCCUAGACAAUUGCAACUACAUAGAUCCCUGCAAAAGACCCAACACCUGCGAGCAUGGUGGCAAGUGCUUUGUGAAGGACGAUCGUGUCACCUGUGACUGCAAACACACUGGUUACAUUGGCAAAAAUUGCCACUUUACCAAGUACCGAAAGACCUGUGAGGAGUUGGCCUUAUUGGGCUUCACAAAGUCCGACGUUUACCUCAUCGACAUCGAUGGCAAUGGGGUCUUUCCGCCUGCCCAUGUUAAGUGCGAUUUCCAGAGUCUCGAGAACGCCACAAAAACAAUUGUGGAACACAAUCUGCCCAGUCAAGUGGAUGUGAGAUCUGCCAGGGAAAGCGACUUCAGCUUCAACAUCAGAUAUCGGGAAUUUUCGCCUCACAUGCUGCAGGAACUCAUCUCGCACUCGCUGUACUGCACUCAGUACAUCAAGUACGACUGCUUUCGGGCCCAGUUGGAACUGCACUCGGCCACCUGGUUCACGUCCUCGGCCAAGAAUCUCACCGUCGACUUCCUGGGCAAUGUCAAGAGAGGCGCCUGUCCGUGCUCCGUUAACAAGACGUGCGUGGACCCGAAUCAAUCAUGCAACUGCGAUGUGAAGGAGAACAAAUGGAAUUCGGAUGAGGGAUACUACCAGGAUCCGCAGAGCUUGGGCAUUACCAAUAUGUACUUCCUGCAGCAGAAGGAUAUGGACGACGAGGCCCAGGGCCGCAUAACUCUGGGUCCUCUGGAAUGCGUUGAAACAAACACGCAGAAGUACGUGGUCACCUUCACCACAUCGCAGUCGUACAUCGAGGUGCCCGGGUGGCGCAAGGGCGACAUCGCCUUCUCGUUUAGGACCACCGGCGAGAAGGCCAUCCUGCUGUUCCAGCCGCCCAUCCGGCCGCACUACCCAUCCUUCAUGGUGGCCCUGACCGGCGACGACCAGCUCACGUUCACCUUCACCCUGAGCACGGGCACCACCCGCGAACUGGUCAUUAACUCGCACCGCCGGCUGAACGGCGGCGAGUGGCAUAAAAUAUGGAUCGACUACAACCAGUAUCAUGUGCGCUUCAUGAUAAACACCGAUUACCAGAUGCUCGAUUUGCUGCCCGAGGAGGAGUUCGGUCCGUUCGAGGGCAGCAUGUACAUCGGUGGCGCCACGUUCGACCUGCUGAAGAAGCUGUCAGUUAAGGCCGGUCUUAUUGGCUGCUUCCGUGGCCUGGUGGUCAACGGCGAGAUUCUCGACAUCUACAGCUACAUGUCGGUGCAUCUGUCGGAGAUUAUCAAGGACUGCAAGCCGUCCUGCGUGCCAUCGCCCUGUCGCAACGGAGCCCAGUGCAAGGAGCUCUGGAGCAGCUUCAAGUGCGUCUGCAACAAUCCCUGGGCACACAUCGGCGAGUUCUGCGAGACAAAUAUUAACGAGAAAGCACUGACCUUCAUAAACCGAGAGUCCUUCCUAAUGCGAAAUUAUUUGAGUGUGGGUGCCACACCUGUUAUCCUUAUGCAUGGAAUGGACGGUGAGCGUGAUAUCCUGAAGGGCAUACUCAACCAGGAUCUACUGAUCAAUCUACGAACCUACGACACGAAUGCUCUGGUGCUUUAUGCCAACGAUCACUACAAUAACUUUGUGCACCUGUACAUAAGUCUGAAUCGCGAGAUAGUUUUCCUUUACAACUAUGGUGAUGAAAUCGUGAAUCUCACUCUGCUGGAUGAUACGUUGAUGGCCUCUUUGAAAAGCAUUCAAGUGGCUAUUGUUCGAGGGGAACAGGAAACUAGGAUGCAUGUGAAUCAGCGAAGUGUGAGCAUCGAUAGAGGAACUUUGCUUCUGGAUGAAUAUGCCAACAAGCCAUGGAGUAAUCCAGAUAAAGAGGUCCUGUCGCCGCACCGCCCCCCUGCCCCGCCCACCGAGUACUUCCAGUUCCACGUGGGCGGCUACGAUCCGGCGAAUUUGCUGCGGCCCAACGUGGAUGCACCGGCACUCGAAGGCUACAUCGGCUGUGUGAGGGGGCUGAAAAUCGGAGCGCAGUUGAUCGACUUGGCGGAAAUCAAUGAAAGGAAUAUAGCGCCCACUCAGGAUGGGGUCCUGCCCAACUGCCAGAUAAAGUGCGAUGCGGAGCCGUGCAAGAAUGGAGGCACCUGCCAGGAGCACUUCGCAGAGCAACUUUCGACCUGCGACUGUGAGCACACCAGUUUCCUGGGCGAGUUCUGCUCUGAGGAAAAGGGAGCGGACUUCAGCGGCGAGUCCGCGCUGCAGCGCAAAUUCGAGCUGCCCGGUACAGGUCGCGUUGACUAUGUGCGCCUGCAGCUGGCCUUCUCCUCGUUCGACCUGCGACGGGCCAAUCGCAUUAUGCUGCUGAUGCAAACGGAGGCGGAGCGGAGCUACUACCUCCUGCUGGCCAUCACCUCCGAUGGCUACCUGCAGCUGGAGGAGGAUCGCGAUAACGGACGGACCGUGGGUGCCCGGAUCGACAGGAAUUUCCUGAACAGCGCCAGGCACUCGGUGUACUAUGUGCGCAAUGGCACCCAAUCGCAACUUUUCAUCGAUAGAGAGCAGGUGCCCCUCACCGAGUUUGCUGCACGUGUCCUGACCAACGGCGAUGAGGCGGGAUCAAAUCGCGUCCAAAUCGGCGGCAUCAACAGCACGGACCCGCGGUUCGCCGUCUUCAAAAGCUACAGCGGCUGUCUGUCGAACAUCUAUAUACAGGUGAACGGGCAUGUUAUGAAGCCACUCGAGGAGUACAUGCUAUUCACAAAGUCCGGCGCCGACAACAUAACGGUCAUCAAUCCGCAGGGCGUGCGGAGCGCCCAGUGCAACGCCAAAUUCGACGUGAGCGAGCAGCCCACCCAGGAGCCCAUGGUCAACGUCAGCAUGAUUCCGGAACCGUGGGUCGAGGAGCCACCGGCGAGGGUGCCCUACGUUUCGAGAUUCAUUUACGACGAGAACAAACAGGAGGACUCGACGCAGGUCGUCUUCCUCACACUGACCACCGUCUUCGUGGUCAUCGUGAUCUGCUGCCUGCUGGAGGUGUAUCGCAGCCACUUGGCCUACAAGAAGCGUAUUGAGCGCGAGACGGACGAGGACAUCAUCUGGUCCAAGGAGCAGGCCACCAAGAUGCACGAGUCGCCAGGUGUGAAGGCUGGCCUUCUGGGCGGAGUGACGGCGGGAUCGGGGAAUGGCCUGCCGCCAUAUACCUACAAGGCGCUGCCGCAGGAAGACAAAAAACCAGGCAAUGGUGCCCCCUUGGUGGGCAUCUUGAAGAACGGCAGUGCCACGCCCUCGCAGCCAGGAACGCCCACCGCCCUGUCGAAAAACGGAGACAUUGCCUCCCGCAUCGAAGAGGAAGAAGAGGAGGAGGAUGAGGCGCCAGUGGAGACAGCAGCAGAAAAAGUCAACGAUAAAGAAGAGUCCCAAAAGGACACAGCUGCCACAGAAGUAAAGGAGUCACAGGAUCAGGCGGCUGAGCCUCCAACAAGUGACGCCACCGAUUCUUCUGCCCCAGCAAAUGCUUCCAAGGAUUUGGAGGCGAAGGCAGAGCCUUCGGAGCCAUCUUCCCAAUCGCCCGCCGCACAAAACGGACAGUUGCCCCAGAACGAGCAGGUGGCUGCGGGGGAUGAGGUUCAGGUUCAGGUGCAGGAGCCCAGUCUACCGCAGCAACAUGAAAUGCAGAAGCAGCUGCCGCAGCCACGACAACUUCCUCAAAGAGGAGCAUCGCUCCAGCCGCAGAGUUCCAAGCGGAGGACGAAACCCGGAUCGGGAGGAAACGGGGGCUCCGGGGGAGCGGGAGCGGGAGCGGCAACUGGAACUGGAGUUGGAGGAGCUGGACCGGCAACAGUGCGGCGACAAGUUUCUUGGGGUCCGCCAAUCGUGGCCGAAACGGAUGUGGAUCUGGCCAACAGCGGCGGCAGCAACGGCAGUGGAAGUCGCAAGGCGGGCGGCAAACAAAACGGAUACCAUGGCGUCAAUAGAAGGGCCACCACCACCAGAAACUGACGGCCAGCCAAGCCAGGCCAGCGAGACGAAUGCAAAAAUUGUGGGCCAGCAAAAGAUGUAUAAAAGCAUAAAUAUUUCGGCAAAUUGAUGGCAAGACAACAGGGCUAAAAUAAACAAAGCACAAAAGGCACGAGAGCCAAAAACAAAAGCAAUUUGUAUAAAUAAAAGCAAGUCAAAGUGCGACAGAGACAAAGGCAAAACAAAUAAUAUAAAUUGAAAAGAGGCAAGUCCUUGGAUUGUUUUGUAUAAAGAAAACUGUCUGCCCAUCGACAUGAAUAUUCCUCAAAAGAUGAAAAAAACAAACUUUUUGCAUCGAAUUUAACCAAACGAAACUUGCACACAAAUGUUGCAAGAAUAUUAUUAAAUACGCCAUGGAAUUGAAGACUUUGGCUUAAAUACAUUUGGUUUUAUUAUUUACUAAGCCAGCAACUAUUUUUAAACUAGUAAAAAAUAAGUUUUAACUAUUCCGUUAAAGAGUUUUUUAAACAAGUGAAAUUCAAUGAAGAACUAUUAAAGCUUAGAAACUCGUAUAAAAGACAACUAGGUUAGCAUUAAAUGAUUUCAUUCUUACUUAGAGCUUUAUUUUUAUAUGAAAAGUAUUGUUGUGUAAAAAACGAAGAGAACUAAAUUCAUAUUGCAAGUAAGGCAAGUUUGGAUUAUGCAGUAAUCCUUUCCCAACUCAUAAACUUACAUGUAAAUUGAUAUCUUUAAAGUUAAGUUCAAAAUUGCUUUUGCUGAAACGCAAAAGUUGCCUCCAUUAAGUUUUAAGAAUGGCACAACUUUCAUUCUUUCCCAUUUUUGCAACUUUCCCUUUUUGUUUUUGUAAAUUUUCAUUCUUUACUGUGUGAUAUACGAAGGUAAUAAAAGUUCUUUGGCCGGGAAAUGAGAACACAAAUUUAACUUGUUUUAUAUAAAAUGAUGAGAAAUUACACAGAACAACUCGUCCAUACAUCAAUUCAUUUAAAUGCGUUUAUUAAAAAACUUCCGAGCAGCAAAAUGCUGACGACAACAACAACAACAACUGAGCAGCAUCAUCAAGAUUGAUACAACAACAAGGAGCGAUGAAGUCGGAGAAGAUGGAAAAAGUAAAGCGCACAUAAUGGCACUUCAAUAUAUGUGGUGGGAAAUAGGGUAGAAGUGGGGGAUAUUGUGUGUAAUAUGAGGGGAAGAGGGGGAUUUCAGGGGGGAGAUGGUUACCAACAGCUUGUUAGUGGCUUUGUUGGUCAGUACUUUUAACUAAUGUG